CGGCCGGCGGCGCAGGAGGCCGGGGCCAUGGCGCUGGACGGGAUCCGCAUGCCGGACGGCUGCUACGCCGACGGGACGUGGGAGCUCAGCGUCCAUGUCACCGACCUGGGCCGCGACGUCACCCUGCGGGUCACCGGCGAGAUCCACAUCGGCGGCGUCAUGCUGCGCCUCGUCGAGAAGCUCGAUGUCAAGAAGGACUGGUCGGAUCACGCGCUGUGGUGGGAAAAGAAGAAAACUUGGCUCCUUAAAACGCACUGGACGUUGGAUAAAUAUGGGAUACAGGCGGAUGCCAAGCUCCAGUUCACCCCUCAGCACAAGCUGCUCCGCCUGCAGCUGCCCAACAUGAAGUACGUCAAGGUGAAAGUCAACUUCUCCGACAGGGUCUUCAAGGCUGUUUCUGACAUCUGCAAGACGUUCAACAUCAGGCAUCCAGAAGAACUCUCCCUUUUGAGGAAACCCAGAGAUCCAUCAAAGAAAAAAAAGAAGAAGUUGGAUGAUCAGUGCGAAGACGACGCCUUCGAGCUGGAGGGUCCUCUGAUCACGCCGGGGUCUGGCACCGAUAUUCUUUACAUCGGCCCCGUCAAAGGAAAUAUCUAUUCAAGCCCAGGACUGUAUAGCAAAACGAUGACGCCGACCUACGACGCCCACGACGGCAGCCCCCUGUCACCCACCUCCGCCUGGUUCGGUGACAGCGCCCUGUCGGAAGGGAAUCCGGGAAUCCUGGCCGUGAGCCAGCCCGUCACCUCCCCAGAGUCCUUAGCAAAAAUGUACAAGCCCCAGACGCUGCUCGAUAAAGCCAAAAUCAACCAAGGGUGGCUGGAUUCGUCCCGAUCCCUGAUGGAGCAGGAGGUGAAAGAAAACGAGGCUUUGCUACUGCGGUUCAAGUACUACAGCUUUUUUGACCUGAAUCCAAAGUACGACGCGAUCAGGAUCAACCAGCUGUACGAGCAGUCCAAGUGGGCGAUUCUGCUGGAGGAGAUCGAGUGCACGGAGGAGGAAAUGAUGAUGUUUGCAGCACUGCAGUACCACAUCAACAAGCUGUCCAUCAUGUCCUCAGAAAACCACCUGAACAACAGCGACAAGGAUGUGGAUGAGGUGGAUGCUGCACUCUCAGAUCUGGAAAUUACCUUGGAAGGUGGCAAGACAUCCACCAUCCUGGGUGACAUCACUUCCAUCCCGGAGCUCGCCGACUACAUUAAAGUCUUCAAGCCCAAGAAGCUGACGUUGAAAGGCUACAAACCCUAUUGGUGCACCUUCAAAGAUACCUCGAUCUCCUGCUAUAAAAGCAAAGAGGAAUCCAACGGGACUCCUGCUCACCAGAUGAACCUGAGAGGAUGUGAAGUUACCCCUGAUGUGAACAUCUCUGGUCAGAAGUUUAACAUCAAACUCCUGAUUCCGGUGGCGGAGGGGAUGAAUGAAAUUUGGCUGCGCUGCGACACCGAGACGCAGUACGCCAGCUGGAUGGCCGCCUGCCGCCUGGCCUCCAAGGGCAAGACCAUGGCCGACAGCUCCUACGGCAUGGAAGUGCAGAACAUCCUGUCCUUCCUGAAAAUGCAGCAUUUGAACCCGGACCCGCAGCUGAUCCCCGAGCAGAUCAACACCGACAUCAACCCCGAGUGCCUGGUCUCCCCUCGCUACCUGAAGAAGUACAAGAACAAGCAGCCAGGCUAUGUAAGAGACUUGAUCACGGCACGCAUCCUGGAAGCCCACCAGAACGUGGCCCAGAUGAGCCUCAUCGAGGCCAAGAUGCGGUUUAUCCAAGCCUGGCAGUCGCUGCCGGAGUUCGGCAUCACGCACUUCAACGCAAGGUUCCAGGGUGGGAAGAAGGAUGAGCUGAUUGGCAUCGCCUACAACCGGCUGAUCCGGAUGGACGCCAGCACGGGAGACGCCGUCAAGACCUGGCGCUUCAGCAACAUGAAGCAGUGGAACGUGAACUGGGAGAUUAAAAUGGUGACGGUGGAGUUCGCGGACGAGGUCCGGGUGUCCUUCAUCUGCACGGAGGUGGAUUGCAAAGUGGUGCACGAGUUCAUCGGCGGGUACAUCUUCUUGUCCACGCGGGCCAAGGACCAGAACGAGAGCUUAGAUGAAGAGAUGUUCUACAAACUGACCAGUGGCUGGGUGUGAGCCCCGCCCGCCCCGCACCCGGAGGAAAAAACCCCCAUGGCCAUAUUAAUUAAUAUUUAACUUUCCAAAGCUGUUCUUCUUUGAGAUAAUGCUGCUUAAUAAAGUAAGCUUGAAAUGUAUCUUUUUUUUUUUUUUUUUUUUUUAUUUGGGAUUUUUUUUUUUUUUUUUUUUUUUGCAUUACCAGACCAGUUAAUCUGUGUGCACUAAUGAGCACUUCUGUUAAUUCGCUAUAACAAGACCAUGUCUGGGUCAUGGAUCCAGAUUUCGGUGGGCAGAUCAGGAUAAGGUUUAAC